AUGGCGUACUAUACUAGUAAUAGUUUAUUUCCUACUACUGUACCAAUACCUAACGGUUUUCCGGUUCAAAUAGAUAAGAAACCGAAAAACAAAAUCAUAUUUCUCGACGUUACUCCAGUCCGGACCCCAGUAAAACCCAUCUCACGAAAUUCAAUAGCCCCGAUGAGAAAUAACCUCAUAGACGUUAAGUUUUCCAAUGACAUAAUCUACGAAAAUAUUAAACCAGUAUUCACAAUUCUGAGAAUAAUGGGUGUCCUGCCAAUUACUAGACCGACUGCUGGAAUAAAUGAAUUUCAAGUGGGCUCACCCUCCAUGUUGUAUUCUUUCAUAUUGUACUGCUCCUUGAUCAGCUACGUGUUGUACUUGUCUCUCCACAAAGUUCAAAUUCUACGUACUGCUGAGGGCAAGUUCGAGGAAGCCGUUAUUGAAUAUCUGUUUACCGUUUACUUAUUUCCGAUGAUAACAGUCCCGGUAUUGUGGUAUGAGACUCGCAAGAUUGCAGAAGUUCUUAAUGGCUGGGUUGAUUUCGAGAUUAUUUACAAACAGUUAUCAGGUCGUUCUCUUCCCGUCAAACUGUACAAGAAGGCAUUGCUCAUCGCAAUCACCAUUCCUAUUUUGUCAACAACUACUGUAAUUGUGACCCAUGUGACUAUGGUGCAUUUCAAGCCUAUGCAACUCGUGCCAUACGUAUUUUUGGAGAUUUUAACCUACAUGCUUGGCGGCUACUGGUAUCUACUUUGUGAGACUCUUAGCAUCUGUGCUAAUGUCUUAGCAGAAGAUUUCCAACAGGCGCUUCGCCAUAUCGGUCCAGCAAGUAAAGUUGCAGAAUAUCGUGCUCUUUGGCUUCGUUUGAGUAAACUCUCUCGUGAUACAGGUAUUGCCAAUUGCUAUACCUUCACUUUUGUCAAUCUGUAUCUUUUCCUUAUCAUUACCCUAUCUAUCUACGGACUCUUGAGCCAGAUAUCUGAAGGAUUCGGAAUAAAGGAUAUUGGUCUCGCUCUGACUGCAUUCUGUAGUAUCUUUCUGUUGUUCUUCAUCUGUGAUGAAGCUCACUACGCUUCUCAUAAUGUACGAACAAACUUCCAAAAGAAAUUGUUAAUGGUGGAAUUAUCCUGGAUGAACACUGACGCCCAAACCGAGGUAAACAUGUUUCUAAGAGCUACUGAAAUGAAUCCCUCUCAAAUUAGUUUAGGAGGAUUCUUCAAUGUCGACAGAACUCUGUUUAAAUCACUUUUGGCAACUAUGGUCACAUAUCUGGUUGUCUUGCUGCAAUUCCAGAUUAGCAUCCCCGAUGAGGGUCAAGACCAAGCUCCUCAUAACGAUGACAAUUCUUACAACAUCAGCAGUGCAACGACCGAAUCUAUGACUACAUCAACUACAGUUAUAACUACUAUUCUCACCACUCUUGGCAAGGAAAAAAAAGAAAAACUAGUUUAG